UCAUCAAUUUCAUAAUUUGAAGACAACGACAAAAAUUUCGAUCUCAUUUUUUUUUCUCACUACUUUUUUUUAUACGUGUGUGUUUUUCAAGUCUUUCAAUUCGCUAGAAAUUUUUUUUAAUUGAUUCUGAUUUGACAACAACAACAACAACAACAACAGCGACGACGACAACGAUUUUUUUUCUAUUGGAUUCACGAAUGAUUCGUCAUAAAGAAGCUAUAUUUAAUUUAUAAUCAAUUAACAAAAUACGACUAAUUUAAAAAAUGGCAUUAACAAAUUCAUCAGCAGUUGAUGUCGAAAAUUUGACAUUCGCUUAUAAACGUCAUGGAUUGAAUUUAGAAUCAAUUAAUAUGCAUGUACCACGUGGUACAAUAUAUGGUCUAUUAGGUCCAUCCGGUUGUGGUAAAACAACAUUAUUACGUUGUAUUGUUGGCCGUUUGAAACCACGUUGUGGUAAUGUAACAGUUUUUGGCUAUCGACCAGGCACAAAAGAAUGUGGUAUACCUGGACCAAAUAUUGGCUAUAUGCCACAAGAAUUAUCAUUAAUAUCACAAUUUACCGUAAGAGAAACACUCGAGUAUUAUGCCGGUUUCGCUAAACAAACAUCACAUAUGCAAUCAUUAGAAUCACGUAUUGAAUUUUUAUUAAAAUUAUUGGAUAUAAGUGAUUUUGAACAUUGUUAUACGGAUCGUUUAUCCGGUGGUCAACAGCGUCGUGUUUCAUUAGCUGUUGCAAUGAUUAAUGAGCCACCAUUAUUGAUAUUGGAUGAACCAACCGUAGGUGUUGAUCCUAUUGUACGUGAAUCUAUCUGGUCAUAUCUAGUGGAUCAAAGUAAAAAUGGCCUUACGGUCAUAGUAACCACACAUUAUAUUGAAGAAGCCGGAUCGGCCGAUAAAGUUGGCUUCAUGCGACAAGGUCGUAUAUUGGCCGAAGGAAAUCCAAAUUAUCUAAUGUUACAGCAUAAUGUAGUAUCGAUGGAACGUUUAUUUUUAAAAUUAUCUCAACAGGAUGAUUUUCGUCAUCAUUCAAAUAGUACAAGCCAAUUAGAAAAUGAAUCUCCAUAUCCAAAAGAUAUUUUAUUGCAACUGGAUCCUCAAAAGAAUCAUAAAAUUCUUAAUAUGAAUAAUCAUCAUAUCCAUCAUAAUAAUUAUGUCAUGGAAAAUGGUGGAACAUCGCCACAAGCCGUUGCUAUUGCGGCUACAAUUGAACCAACAAAUCAAUCGGUAAUGUUCACCUCUAAUGGUGGUAGUGGUGGUGGUAAUUCAAUGAUGGCAUUUGUUGGUGGUAAACCUAAACCAAAUUUACUUUCACAUUUGGUGGCCACACCACCGUCGACAAAUACGGCCAAACAUGUUAUUGUGCAUGAACAAUAUAAACAAUUGGAUCCUGAUUCUUUGAUCGAAUCAAAUACGACAACGAAGACAGGAAAUAAUUGUAGAUUAAACAAUAAUGAUUAUAAUAAUAUUCAUCAUAUGGAUGCAUCAUCCGAUUCACCAUUGUUUAACAAUAAUUCAUCAUCUUCAUCUUCGUCAUCAUCAUCGUCGUCGUCGUCGACAAGAUCAAAAAAAUCCACCCAUUCAUCUUCUGGUCGUAAUAAUAAUAGUAAUAACAGUAAAGUUCGUACAUAUUCUGUACAUGGACAAAAUCGUUCAGUAAAUUCUAUGCAAAAAGUUGGUGUUCUAUGUCGUAAACAUCGUAUACGUUUGUUUCGACGUGUACCAGAAUUGGUUAUCACCAUGUUAUUGCCUGCAUUAGAAGUGGCCCUGUUCUGUCUAUGUAUGGGUCGUGAUCCGACAUCAGUACAGAUGGCUGUUUGUAACCAAGAAGAUCCUCCAUUUCUUAGUCUUAUGUUUCUCAAGUCAAUUGAUUCGGAUUUCAUUUCAUUGAAAUAUUAUCGAACACCAGAAGAAGCUAUCGAUUCCGUACGGAAUGCUGAUACAUAUUCGGCUAUAGUUCUGGGGAAGAAUUUUUCACGUGUUCUUAAUCAUUUUGGCCGAAUGGGUGGUGGUGGUAUACCAGGAGGGUUAGGACGGCAACCGUUUCCUCCAAUUAUUGCUCAACAGCAACAAUUUGUAACACAAACAACGACGACAACAACAUCGACAUCGAUUGCACCACCUAUAUUGAGUUAUACACAGCCAAAUGGUAAAAUGGUAACCAAUACAAAUGAACCAGUACCACCAUUGAUGACACCUUAUAUUGCACCAUCACAACCAACGCAAUCAAUGCUAAAAACGCCAUCGAUGUUGAUUGACGAUGAUGAUGAUAAUGAUAGUUCCGGAUCACGACGUUUUAAACGUAGCAUAUCUGAUCUGCUAACAACAACAGCAGUAACUACAUCUACCGAUCGUUCUAUUAUCACCAGUUCGGAUGAUGAUGAUUCAAUCAUUCGAAUCUAUUAUGAUGGAUCGAAUGCAUUACAUGUUAACAUAAUUCGCCGUGAAGUGUUUAGUGCAUUGUUUAAAUUUGUUGAAAAUGCCGGACAAAUUUUUGGUGGUCAAAUGAGUUCAUUGAAAUUGCCAAUCAAAUUUGAAAAACCAAUCUAUGGUGGUGAAAAAACCGAUAUGGUUGAAUUUGUUGGUCCUGGUCUGAUGGUUUUCAUUGUAUUCUUUGCCACAAUGUCUAUCACAUCGAUGGCUUUUCUUUCGGAGCGCCGUGAAGGAACAUUGGAACGUUCAAUGAUCGUUGGAAUGACGCCAACCGAAUUCAUUAUUGCACAAAUUAUCAAUAUAACAUUCCUAUUGAUCGUACAGAUUAUAUUGACCGUUGUUAUGGGUUUCUGGAUAUUUGAUUUUCCAAUGAAAGGUUCAUAUGUUUUAGCUGUUGCUAUGAUGUUUCUACAAGGUCUUUGUGGAAUGACAUUUGGCCUAAUGUUAUCCGCUAUUUGUACGAGCGAAAUGACAGCAUUAGCAUUAGGAGCCGGAUCUCAGCUAAUGUUUUGUUUUAUUACCGGUAUUUUCUGGCCAGUCGAAACAAUGAUCGCUUUACUCCGUUAUAUAUCUUAUGCAAUGCCACAAACAAAACCGAUGGAAUCAUUUCGUCAUAUAUUAAUACGUGGUUUUGAUCUUUCUAAACCGGCCGUAUUGAAUGGUUAUCUAAUAACAAUGGCAUGGAUUGCCUUUUUUCUCAUAUUAGCCAUCGUUAUUUUUCGUGUUCGAUAACCAAAAUUAUUUUAUUGCUUCAUUGUUAAUCAUUUACCGAUCUUGCCACUCAUUAUUAUAUCAUGAUGAUGAUAAUUUUCAAAAUGUGCCCGACCAUUUUUUUUCUCUCUCUCCCUCUUUUGAUGUGACCACUAUGAUCGACAAACACAGACACCUACAUUGUGGAGCUUUUUUAUCUUUUUCUUUCUUUAUUUUUAUUUCUUUUCCUGCUAUUGUUUGUUUGAUUGAUGACAAAAAAUCAACAA